UUUCAAUUCAGCCAAUUCCCAGCUUCGUUUCUUCUUCAACACCUGUUUAUCAGUCUGUUUCACUUGAACAAUGCUGACACUGUACGGCAAUGAUGAGGUGCUUACAAGGCAAAGAUUGAUAAAAUAUGGAUAACAGAACACCAAGACAUCCUGUUGGAGAUCCCUCACUUUUAGCACCUUCAAAUGCUACGAUACUCCAACGUGCAAAAAGUGACGGUAGAAGUGAGUACAACGAGUACCUAGUAGCACAUAUGAAAGAAUUAAUUGUGAAGGAAACUAUAGACAAGCACAAAACAGUUUUGAACGGGCAGCUUCUCUACAGAAACCAAGACUUGACAAAAAAGAACCAGCGGGUACAUUCAUUACACAAGGAAAUAGAAUUGCUCGAAAUACAAAACAAUGUUGGUGAAAUUUUGACAUCCUUAGAGAAAUAUGCUACAGAAUGUAAGACUAUCAUUAAUGGAUACAAACUUUACUUUGAGACAUUUUGGAAAUAUUUAAAGGAUGAGUCAGAGAAUGUGAAACUAGAAAAUGUUAAGGUCAUCAACAAUCAAGAGGAAUAUGAUAAACUAAUGAAAGCAUUAGAAAAUUUAAGGAUUGUAACGGAUAAGAUUGUUAAUUCCAAUAGAGAUUUUGAAAAAAUUCAUAAAAUAGCUGAAAGCAUUAGAAUUUAUAAUGAACAGAAGAAUAUUGUAAAAGAAAAGCAGGAACAAACACACAAGAGAUUUAAAAAUAUAUUUUAUGACUUUCUAGAAGAUGUGUCCAACAUGCUUGCUGAAAAAUAUGAAGAAUAGUUGCUUAUGUGUCAUUCAUUUUUUUGUGUUUCUCCAUUGCUUAUCUUAUUAUUAAUUAUUAAUUGUUGUAUUUACUUAAUAAAUGAAACAAAAAUAAAGCUGCAA